AGCACGACAGAGACCAGGAGAGGAGCUGGCAGAGGAGAGAGAGCCCAGCUGUUGCUGAGGCUGCCAGAGGCAGAGGAACCUGCUGGCACCGACCCUCCCGCUACCCCUCCCCUCCCCCCCCCAGCUGCAGCGCAGCCUCCGCUGCGGUUCCUCCUUCCAGCCCCAGGCAACCCUUGCGGGAGAGUCAACUCAUUUGAUUUGAUUUGAUUAUUUUUUUUAAAGAAAAAGCCCCCACCUCCCUCGCUCCAGGCCCCGCCGCCCCGGUGGCAGUAGCGCGGAGCUGCCGCACCGGCAGAAGCGCGCCUGGGGCCCGGGGCGGGAGGGUCGCGUCCCCGCCGCCUCCAUCGCCUCCUCCUCGCCGCACCAUGACCGCUCCGAGCGCUGGGGUUACAGACUGCCGUUUUGUACUCCCUCACCAGAGCUAACUCCAGCAUGCUCAAAAGGAAACAGAGCUCCAGGGUGGAGGCCCAGCCGGUUACUGACUUUGGUCCUGAUGAAUCUUUGUCAGACAAUGCUGACAUACUCUGGAUUAACAAGCCAUGGGUUCACUCUCUGCUGCGCAUCUGUGCCAUCAUCAGCGUCAUUUCUGUCUGUAUGAACACACCCAUGACAUUCGAACACUACCCUCCUCUUCAGUAUGUGACCUUUACUCUGGAUACUUUAUUGAUGUUCCUCUACACAGCAGAGAUGAUUGCCAAAAUGCACAUCCGGGGGAUUGUCAAGGGGGAUACUUCCUACUUGAAAGAUCGCUGGUGUGUUUUUGAUGGAUUUAUGGUCUUUUGCCUUUGGGUUUCACUGGUGUUGCAGGUGUUUGAAAUUGCUGAUAUAGUUGAUCAGAUGUCACCUUGGGGCAUGUUGCGGAUUCCAAGGCCACUAAUUAUGAUCCGAGCAUUCCGAAUUUAUUUCCGAUUUGAACUACCAAGGACCAGGAUUACAAAUAUUUUAAAGCGAUCGGGAGAACAAAUAUGGAGUGUUUCAAUUUUCUUACUUUUCUUUCUGCUUCUUUAUGGAAUUUUAGGAGUUCAAAUGUUUGGAACAUUUACCUAUCACUGUGUAGUAAAUGACACGAAACCAGGAAAUGUGACCUGGAAUAGUUUAGCUAUCCCAGAUACACACUGCUCACCAGAGCUAGAAGAAGGCUACCAGUGCCCACCAGGAUUUAAAUGCAUGGACCUCGAAGAUCUGGGACUUAGCAGGCAAGAGCUGGGCUACAGUGGCUUUAAUGAGAUAGGCACCAGUAUCUUCACAGUCUACGAGGCCGCCUCCCAGGAGGGCUGGGUGUUCCUCAUGUACAGAGCAAUUGACAGCUUUCCCCGCUGGCGUUCCUACUUCUAUUUCAUCACUCUCAUAUUCUUCCUUGCGUGGCUUGUGAAGAAUGUGUUUAUCGCUGUCAUCAUCGAAACGUUUGCAGAAAUCAGGGUACAGUUUCAGCAAAUGUGGGGAUCGAGAAGCAGUACUACUUCGACAGCCACCACCCAGAUGUUUCACGAAGAUCCUGCUGGCGGAUGGCAGCUGGUAGCUGUGGAUGUCAACAAGCCCCAGGGCCGCGCCCCAGCCUGCCUCCAGCAAAUGAUGCGGUCAUCAGUUUUCCACAUGUUCAUCCUGAGCAUGGUGACGGUGGAUGUGAUAGUGGCUGCCAGCAACUAUCACAAAGGAGAGAGCUUCCGGAGGCAAUAUGAUGAGUUCUACCUUGCAGAGGUGGCUUUUACUGUACUUUUUGACUUGGAAGCACUUCUGAAGAUAUGGUGUUUGGGAUUUACUGGAUAUAUCAGUUCAUCUCUCCACAAAUUUGAGCUGUUACUUGUGAUUGGAACUACUCUUCAUGUAUAUCCAGAUCUUUAUCAUUCUCAAUUCACAUACUUUCAGGUUCUUCGGGUGGUUCGGCUUAUUAAGAUUUCACCUGCAUUAGAAGACUUUGUGUACAAGAUCUUUGGUCCUGGGAAGAAGCUUGGGAGUUUGGUUGUAUUUACUGCCAGCCUCUUGAUUGUUAUGUCAGCAAUCAGUUUGCAAAUGUUCUGCUUUGUCGAAGAACUGGACAGAUUUACAACAUUUCCAAGGGCAUUCAUGUCCAUGUUCCAGAUCCUUACCCAGGAAGGAUGGGUAGACGUAAUGGACCAAACUCUAAAUGCUGUGGGACACAUGUGGGCACCGGUGGUUGCCAUCUAUUUCAUUCUCUAUCAUCUUUUUGCCACUCUGAUCCUCCUGAGUUUGUUUGUUGCUGUUAUUUUGGACAACUUAGAACUUGAUGAAGAUCUAAAGAAGCUUAAACAAUUAAAGCAAAGUGAAGCAAAUGCAGACACCAAAGAAAAACUCCCUUUGCGCCUUCGAAUCUUCGAGAAAUUUCCAAACAGACCACAGAUGGUGAAAAUCUCAAAGCUUCCUUCAGAUUUCACAGUUCCUAAAAUCAGGGAAAGUUUUAUGAAGCAGUUUAUUGAUCGCCAGCAGCAGGACUCUUGCUGCCUCUUAAGAAGCCUUCCGUCAGCCUCUUCCUCAUCCUGUGAUCACUCCAAAAGGUCGGCAAUUGAGGACAACAAAUACAUUGACCAAAAACUUCGCAAGUCUGUUUUCAGCAUCAGGGCAAGGAAUCUUCUAGAAAAGGAGACCGCAGUCACUAAGAUCUUAAGCAAAAGCCCAUUACAGAGGAGCGCACCCAUUCGUAUCUGCCGUUGUCUCUACUUAGGACAAUCACCUUGUCACUUCACUGGAAUCAGAGCUUGCACUCGACAGCGCAUGCUGAGUGGCUCAUUUGAGGGGCAGCCGGCAAAGGAAAGGUCAAUUCUCAGUGUGCAGCAUCACAUCCGCCAGGAGCGCAGAUCACUAAGACACGGAUCCAACAGCCAGAGGAUCAGCAGGGGGAAAUCUCUUGAAACUCUGACUCAAGAUCAUUCCAAUACAGUGAGGUACAGGAAUGCACAAAGAGAAGACAGUGAAAUAAAGAUGAUCCAAGAAAAAAAGGAGCAAGCAGAAAUGAAAAGGAAAGUGCAAGAAGAGGAGCUGCGGGAGAACCACCCGUACUUCGAUAAGCCACUGUUCAUAGUAGGACGGGAGCACAGGUUCAGAAACUUCUGCCGGGUGGUGGUCCGGGCACGCUUCAAUGCAUCUAAAACAGAUCCUGUCACAGGAGCUGUGAAAAAUACAAAGUACCAUCAACUUUAUGACUUGUUGGGAUUGGUGACUUACCUGGACUGGGUCAUGAUCAUCGUAACCAUCUGUUCCUGCAUUUCCAUGAUGUUCGAAUCUCCCUUCCGAAGAGUCAUGCAUGCACCUACUUUACAGAUUGCUGAGUAUGUAUUUGUGAUAUUCAUGAGCAUUGAGCUUAACCUGAAGAUUAUGGCAGAUGGCUUAUUUUUCACUCCAACUGCUGUCAUCAGGGACUUUGGUGGAGUAAUGGACAUAUUUAUAUAUCUUGUGAGCUUGAUAUUUCUUUGUUGGAUGCCUCAAAAUGUGCCUGCUGAAUCAGGAGCUCAGCUCCUCAUGGUGCUUCGGUGCCUAAGGCCGUUGCGGAUAUUCAAACUGGUGCCACAGAUGAGGAAAGUGGUUCGAGAGCUUUUCAGUGGCUUCAAGGAAAUUUUUUUGGUCUCCAUUCUUUUGUUGACAUUAAUGCUUGUUUUUGCAAGCUUUGGAGUUCAGCUUUUUGCUGGAAAACUGGCAAAGUGCAAUGACCCCAACAUUAUUAGAAGGGAAGAUUGCAAUGGCAUAUUCAGAAUUAAUGUAAGUGUGUCCAAGAACCUAAAUUUAAAAUUAAGACCUGGAGAGAAAAAACCUGGAUUUUGGGUGCCACGUGUUUGGGCGAAUCCUCGGAACUUUAAUUUUGACAAUGUUGGAAAUGCUAUGCUGGCAUUGUUUGAGGUCCUCUCCUUGAAAGGCUGGGUGGAAGUGAGGGAUGUUAUUAUUCAUCGUGUGGGGCCGAUGCAUGGAAUCUAUAUUCAUGUUUUUGUAUUCCUGGGUUGCAUGAUUGGACUGACCCUUUUUGUUGGAGUAGUUAUUGCUAAUUUCAAUGAAAACAAGGGGACGGCUCUGCUGACUGUAGAUCAGAGAAGAUGGGAAGAUCUGAAGAGCCGACUGAAGAUAGCUCAGCCUCUUCAUCUCCCACCUCGCCCGGAUAAUGAUGGCUUUAGAGCCAAGAUGUAUGACAUCACCCAGCACCCGUUUUUUAAGAGGACAAUCGCUUUACUGGUCCUGGCCCAGUCGGUACUGCUCUCUGUCAAGUGGGACGUCGAGGACCCAGUAACUGUUCCUUUGGCAACGAUGUCAGUUGUUUUCACCUUCAUCUUUGUCCUUGAGGUUACAAUGAAGAUCAUAGCAAUGUCACCCGCAGGCUUCUGGCAAAGCAGAAGGAAUCGAUAUGACCUGUUGGUAACCUCACUCGGCAUUGUCUGGGUGGUACUUCACUUUGCCCUCCUGAAUGCAUAUACCUACAUGAUGGGCGCAUGCGUGAUUGUCUUUAGGUUUUUCUCUAUCUGUGGAAAGCAUGUAACAUUGAAGAUGCUCCUCCUGACGGUGGUCGUCAGCAUGUAUAAAAGCUUCUUUAUCAUCGUCGGAAUGUUCCUAUUGCUGCUGUGUUAUGCUUUCGCUGGCGUUGUUUUAUUUGGUACUGUGAAAUAUGGAGAGAACAUUAACAGGCACGCAAACUUCUCUUCAGCUGGCAAAGCUAUUACUGUACUGUUCCGAAUUGUCACAGGCGAAGACUGGAACAAGAUUAUGCAUGACUGUAUGGUCCAGCCACCCUUUUGUACUCCAGAUGAAUUUACAUACUGGGCAACUGACUGUGGGAAUUAUGCUGGGGCACUUAUGUAUUUCUGUUCAUUUUAUGUCAUCAUUGCCUACAUCAUGCUGAAUUUACUUGUAGCCAUAAUUGUGGAGAAUUUCUCCCUGUUUUAUUCCACCGAGGAGGACCAGCUUUUAAGUUACAAUGAUCUUCGCCACUUUCAGAUCAUAUGGAAUAUGGUGGAUGAUAAACGAGAGGGGGUGAUCCCGACCUUCCGCGUGAAGUUCCUGCUGCGGCUGCUGCGGGGGCGGCUGGAGGUGGACCUGGACAAGGACAAGCUUCUGUUCAAGCACAUGUGCUACGAGAUGGAGAGGCUGCACAACGGCGGUGAUGUCACCUUCCACGACGUCUUAAGCAUGCUCUCCUACCGGUCGGUUGACAUCCGGAAGAGUCUGCAGUUGGAGGAGCUGCUUGCAAGGGAGCAGCUGGAGUACACCAUCGAGGAGGAAGUGGCCAAGCAGACCAUCCGCAUGUGGCUGAAGAAGUGCUUAAAGCGCAUCAGAGCCAAACAGCAGCAGUCAUGCAGCAUCAUCCACAGCCUGAGAGAGAGCCAGCAGCAGGAGCUGAACCGGUUUCGAGACAGGCUGAAUCCCCCCAGUAUUGAGACCACCCAACCCAGUGAAGACAUGAAUGCCAACAGUCAAGAUAAUAAUAUGCAACCUGAGAUGAGCAGCCAGCAGCAGCUUCUGAGCCCCACCCUAUCCGACAGAGGGGGAAGUCGGCAAGAUGCAGGGGAUGGAGGGAAACCCCAAAGGAAGUUUGGGCAGUGGCGUCUGCCCUCAGCACCAAAGCCAAUAAGCCACUCGGUGUCUUCAGUCAACUUACGGUUUGGAGGGCGGACAACCAUGAAGUCUGUAGUGUGUAAAAUGAACCCCAUGACGGACACAGCUUCCUGCGGUUCUGAGGUUAAGAAGUGGUGGACCCGGCAGCUGACCGUGGAGAGCGACGAGAGUGGAGAUGACCUUCUGGAUAUUUAGGUGGGAAUCAAUGCAGAUGGCAGUCUAAUGGUGAAAAGUACUUUCUAGUAUUUUCCUCCAUUGUCCAGUCAGCAAUCCAUAAUUGAUGCAUAAUUGAAUUCCAAUUUGUCCUGCGUAAGAAGGCAUAAAAACUGGUCUGUCAGAAUUGUGCAAAUGGUGGGUUAUUACCAUGUGUUUGAGACAGUUUGCAAAAUGGCAGUAUUAGAAAAUAUUAGAAAUUAUACCAAUACGAGAUGUAGAUUGUUCAAAAAUUCUAUAUAUUCUGUCUCUGUAAACUAAGGUAUAUAUUCAUAUGUGCUCUUAUAUAUUGUUACCACCCCUUAAAGUGUGCUAAGUCCAAAGUGGUUCAUAUAUAUAGUACAGGAGCUAUAGCUUUAGUUUAUUUUUUCCCACUUCCUCUAGAAAUAUUUCUCUUGGGGGAAUUUAUUAUUUAUAAUUGAUCUGAAAAGGUCAGCACUGAGCUCAUGCCAAAGUGCUAAUAAUUUUACAAAUUACAGAUUUUGAAUUUUAAAAAGUAUAUUCUUUUUCUUGUGUUAUUUUUUGAAAAUAUACACAAGAUGUUUAGAGGUCAGAAAAAAGUCAAUUUCUGUCCUCAGUCACUCCAAUGAAAUUUUUGCCUCUUCUCAGAGAAUUGUAUGUGCAGGUACCAGACAAAGAAAUUGACACAUGUUGCUAAAUGACUUAAAACAAACCUUACAGAAGUCACUUGAGAGACAUAGUUACAGAAAGAGGUUGAAUUCCUUAAAAAGUAUUUGAAUAAUUGAGUUUAGAAAAAAAGAGUAAAACAAUUCAGCUUAUUUUUAAAAAUCUUUGCAUGUGUGAUGCCAUCAUUGGCUUUACGUUUUACCCAAAAUAUGUUCAUUGUGCCAUAAGCCAGCAAUGACAUUAUGAGUUGA